AUGCCGUCCCUCCACUCGCUCCUUGUCCUCCUCGCCAUUAUCGUCGUCUCUGCCUCUGCCGCCCGCCUCCGCCGCCGCUCCCGACCUCCGCCGCUGUGCCCGGGCGCCGCCGCGCCUCCCACACAUUCCGCCCUGGUUGCUGCGGGCAACACCGCGUACGCCGAGGCCAGGUUCCCCGACGCAGUCGACUGCUACACAGCGGCAGAGGAGAUUGUUGGGCGAGCAAAGACGGAGUCGCCUGCGCUGGCGCCGGCUAAUCGCGCGCUGGCACUCCUGGCCUGGGCUGAUGCUUCGGCGGCAGCCGACGCCGCAUCGCGCCGCAAAGAAGCAGCCCGGGCGGCAGCGGCUGCCGUCCGCGCCGAUCCACGACUCUCGUUGGCGCAUCUGGCCCGCGGCCUGGUAUUCAAGGCUGCACGCAAGAUCGAUCGCGCUCUGGCUGCCUUUCGCAAGGCCGACGCCCUCGCUCCAGCUACCGAUGCGUCGGCCGCCCUGCUUGCCGCCGGCCUGUUGUUUGAAGAGAGCGAGUUUGCCGCCGCUGCUGACGCCUACGGUGACAUUGUUGACUCUGGUCGCACCGCUGACCCGAGGUAUUUGUUCAACGCGGGGCUGGCGGCCGCGCGCGCAGGCGAUCAUGCCCGCGCUGCUGCCUGGUUUACCCGCGCCGCCGACGAUCCGAGCCUCACCGACGCCCGCCGCUACGCCGCAUGGUCGCUGGCAGCACUCGGUCCCGAACGCGAGGAAGACGCUCGACUUGCUUUCACCGUUCUACUUGAGACCGGCGAGCCUGGCGCGUACGCCGAUCUUGUCCGCUUCGAACGGACUCGCGGGCACCUCGACGCUGCCGCUGAGGCACUCGACGCUUCCCGCCGCCACCUCGGAUCCAGCGCCUACCGUUCUGCUCACGGCGGCAUGCUCCAGGUCGCCGACGCCCGCCUUGCCCUAGAUGCUGGAGAACUUGCGCGCGCCUCGCGGCUUCUCGACGCCGUCCUCGAGUCGACAGCAAAGCCGGAUCCUGCCGCCUAUACUGUCCUUGGCAUGCUCCACCGCCGAUUUGGUCGCCUUCCCGCGGCGCUGGCCGCCUUUGAGCGUGCUGCUGCUACCAUCGCCACAGCUGGCAGUGGCGCUGACACUUCGACCUCCUCUACCGCCGCUGUCGAGAAUGCCUUCAACUGGGCGCUAGCCCUGUUUGAGUCCGGCGACCUUGACCACGCACUCAGACUCUACCGCGCCGGCUUGGCAUCGAUGCCCACCGCCGAAGUUUACCUUGCCCUGGCAUCGGUCCACACCGCCCGCUCAGACCACACCGCUGCGCUAGAAGCCAUCAAUGCCGCACUGGACCUCGACCCUACCUCGGCGCAUGCGCUCUCUGACCGUGCCUUUGCACGGCUGAUGGUCCUCGACCUUGCUGCCCGUGACGAGGACAAGUCGGUUCUCGCCGCAGGCAUCGCUGCCGACGUUGCUGCCAAUGCUGGUGAUCCAACUAAGCGUCCAGCUGCCCGCCCAUUCCACGCUCUCGCCUUUGAUCUCGACCCAGCCAUCUUCCGCGACCUGGCUGCUGCCUACGCCCGCUGGACCCUUGCCUCGCUUGCUGCUCUCGAGCUGGAGCCGUACACAUGGGAACUCGAGCCGGGCCAGAGCCGACCGCGGCGAAACCCAGGCCCGCUCCGUGUUGGCUACCUCUCUGCAGACUGGGGCAGCAGCCCGGUGGGGCGGCUGAUGAUCGACGUUCCGUCGCUUCACAAGCCCAGCGUGGUCAACGCCUCGCUUCUUGCCCUCCGCCCCUCGGACGGCUCUCCCGGGCGCACCGCCACCGAGGCUCUCUACGGCCACGCUUUUCAUCGCGUGUGGGACAUGGACCAUGCCUCGCUGGCGGCCUUUAUCCACGACGAUCUCCGGCUCGACGUCCUUAUUGAUCUCACCGGCCACACCGCCGGCAACCGCCACGAGCUCCUUGCGCUUGCGCCUGCUCCGGUCAUUGUCAACAUGCUCGGCUAUCCAGGCACCAUGGGCGCGAGCUACGUCACACACAUGGUCGCCGAUGCCAUCACUGCCCCUGAUCCAACGCUCUUUGCCGAGCAGUUACUCCUGCUCCCGCACACCUACCAACCCAACUCGUUUGCACGACGGCUGCCACGGAGCGAGCUUGCUGCCCGCGCAGGCUCCCGUGCCGAUCACAACCUCCCGGAGACCGCCACCGUUCUCGUCUGCUUCAACGCUCUCUACAAGAUCGACACCCAGGCUCUCGACGUCUGGGCUCGGCUCCUCCUCGCCCAGCCCGACGCUGUCCUCUGGCUCAUGUCGUCGUCGUCGCACGCCGAGGCCGCAAUCGUCGACGCUCUGUCCGCGCGUGGCGUGAACACAAGCAGCUCGCUUGUCUUUGCGCCGCACUUGCCGCACACAGCGCAUGUGGCCCGCCUCACCCACGCCGACCUCUUUCUCGAUACCCACGUGUACAAUGCACACACCACAGCGCUCGAUGCGCUCUGGGCCGGUGUCCCGGUCAUCACCUACCCAGGCGAUGCCUUCCAAUCGCGGGUUGGUGCCUCGCUUGUCUCCGCCGCAUUCGCCGGUGAGCCGACCGCCCUCGUCUGCCGCCCGGGCCCUUCUUAG